CAAAUCUCGGCCAUAAAAAGUGGAAACAUUUCGUCAACAAAAUUUUGGAUUUUGGCUACAAAACGUGCAAAACAUUUCGUAAAAUUAACGAAAAAAAGCCAAAUUCUGCGCAAUUCCAUAUCGCACACGUAACCAAACAGAAACACACAGCAAUUAGCACACAAUGGCACGCGGACAUCAGAAGAUUCAGUCACAGGCGAAGGCGGCCGACAAGCAGGCAAAGAUGAAGAAGCAACAGGGCCACAGUGCCACCGACCAAAAGAAGGCAGCCCAAAAGGCGCUCGUCCAUGUGUGCGCGGUCUGCAAGUCGCAAAUGCCCGAUCCCAAGACGUACAAACAGCACUUUGAGAACAAGCAUCCCAAGAACGAUAUGCCCGAGGAGCUAAAGGAUGUCUGAGACGACGCGAAACGAGGCAAAUAUCAACGACGAGUUGCCUACCAGUACGAAAUCUUUGCAACAAUAAAUUUACAUCAACAUCAACAACCAGAGCAACAGCAAUCAGCCGAACCAAAUGAGAUCUUAAUGGGAGACGCCAGCAACGACUUAUUGCCAAUGAAGGAAACGCAGCUGAAUUUUUUGUAUACAUACUGCUAACAUUUUGAA